AGUAUUUUCAUCUGUCUGAGAGUGUUUCAAAACAAUAAACAUCAUCUUGAAAAACUGCCAAGUUCAAGCCCCGCCUCUUAACAAACCGACACUGCAAAGUAAACUUCGAUUAUCUGAGAGCUGAAAACUCAUCUUUGGAUCCUGCAGCAUGGCUAAAGUGGAGACCAAAUUGCCAACAAGCCCAUCGACGUUGGUCGUGGGAUUUCUGAUGUUACUCGGCAGUGUACUUGGUUAUGUCUUCACUCUUGUCUUCGUGAACCAAUCCCAAAUGUCAACAAAGUUGAGAAACUGGCGAGAAAAUCAAGCGUCAGCCCAGAGUCUCCGCACUUUGCAGCAUGAAGUUGUCACAACAAAGGCUGACAGACUGGCCAAAGAAACUCGAAUAUUGUGCUGGAUCUUGACGCAACCCAAGUCUCAUUACAAGAAAGCAGUUCACGUAAAGAACACCUGGGGAAAGCGAUGUGACAAACUGAUUUUUAUGAGCACCAAAAACGUUGUCACAACAAAGGCUGACAGACUGGCCAAAGAAACUCGAAUAUUGUGCUGGAUCUUGACGCAACCCAAGUCUCAUUACAAGAAAGCAGUUCACGUAAAGAACACCUGGGGAAAGCGAUGUGACAAACUGAUUUUUAUGAGCACCAAAAACGAUGAGAAACUCGGGGCCGUCGCCCUGAACACUUCCGAAGGAUAUUAUAACCUGUGGGGAAAGACGAAGGCAGCUUUCAAAUACGUUUACGACCACCACUUGGACGAGUACGACUGGUUUCUGAAGGCGGACGACGAUACAUACACGAUUAUGGAGAAUAUGCGGUAUAUGCUUUGCAGCUAUGAUCCAAAAUAUCCUAUUUAUUUUGGAUCAAAAUUUAGACGGUUCUACAAAGAGGGAUUCCUGGGUGGAGGGUCUGGUUAUGUUUUAAGCAGAGAAGCAACAAGAAAGUUAGUGGAAGAAGCGAUGCCAAAUAAGACGAAGUGUAAGGCAGGCGAACGAGGUCUGGAAGAUGUUGAAUUAGGUACAUUUAUGAGGCUGCUUCCUUUUGAUCUUCGAUUUUAA